ACUAUUAUUUCUUCCUGCAUAUUAACCAAAGGGAAGGAAUACUUAACCACAUAUUAGAUAAAAUAUGAUAACCGCGUCCUGUUUUUCACCAUUUCCAAACAUGCAAUUAGGUUUCAUAUUCACUUUUCCUCCAUAAAUUCUAAGUACUAUUAUUUCUUCCUGCAUAUUAACCAAAGGGAAGGUGUAACUAGAUAGAAAUAGUACUUUGUUAUGAUAGCAACCAGAUGAUCGAGGCUUCACGUGGCUGCCAACCGAACCAGCGAGCUGCCAUUUUUUCAUCCUUUUUCCCCAUAACUAUCUCCCUGUGGCUUGUGGGACGCUGCUGGUUGGAAGAUAAACAGUUAAUGGCUUCAGGAAAAUAUUGAAUGAUUGUAAACACCUCACAGCACAGCAGGAAUGGGGAAAAAGCACCUGUCAUCCCGCCUCAGCGCAUCCCAAGAGGAGGUGCUUUAUCUUUGGUCUCUCGUCACUCUCUGUAGAAGCAAGGCCGGGACAGUCAGGUUCCAGGUGAUACAGAAGGCCUCCGAUGAAGUGGCCAUCAUCCCGCAGCGCCUCAGGAACCAGUGUAAGUCAGCGAAGAAGGAUGCUGCCGCCAGACAAAAGAUAAGGAAGAAAAAGGAGAAGAUGGUAAACCGUCUUCAGGCAGAGCGCACCAAGUGUAACUAUAACCUGCGGGCGUGGGCGCUCUCCCCCUACACGGGCACGGAUCUUCUCUACCGGGAGGACGUUACAUGUAAGACUUCCCUUCCUGUAGUCGAAGAAGCUGUGGACUGCAACCAGUGCCAGAAACACUUCUUUGGCAUCUGUUCUCUUCACUACAAACUCGUCAUCAACAGAGAGGUUGUGCGUGACGGCAGCGUGGAGGAGCGAGCCCGACUGACCGCCCCCUGGCCCCUCUAUGUCGCCAAGUCCAAGAUACCAGGGGCGGGGGAAGGGGUGUGGACCUCUGCCAAGCUGCCCAGGGGUCUCGUGUUCGGGCCUUACGAGGGGAAGAUUCUCAAAGUCAACCAAAAUUCCAAGGUAGCGGACUCUGGUUAUGCCUGGCACCUGCAGUUGAAUUCCCAUAAGAAGAGGAGAGUGUACGUGGACAGCGUUGACAAGUCCAUAAGCAACUGGCUGCGCUACGUUAACUGUGCUCGGAACACUGCAGAGAUGAACCUUGAGGCCUUCCAGUACGAGAGGGAAGUGUACUACAGCACUCUGAGGGAGAUUGACGGCAAUUCCGAGCUGCUUGUGUGGUACGGGGAUGAGUACGGCCGAGAACUGGGGAUACUGACCCUCUCCAGCACCAUGAUCUCCUCACCUCACGCCCAAGGUGGACUUUCCUCACUGACAGAACUCCCAUCAUGUCCCGAGGAGCCAACGGAGUCGUUCCACCCCAAGACUGACGAACGAACUGGUGCAAAGGUUAGCACUCGGACCAGCGUGCAGUCUGAUGGGGGGAGACUAUCCAGCAAGGCCAAUGUGCAGCUCAGCAAGCCACAGUCAUCCCUUCAGCACCUGUUCCUCCCCGCCAGGCUGGAACCCGAGAAGGACCACAACGUCAGGGUGGUGUAUGUAAGCCCUGGAAACAAUAAAAGGCUGAUUAAGGAGAAGAGCUCUGAAGUUAGUGUGGAUAAAACUCCUUACCUUCCCAGUGUUAGGUUCAACCAGAAAUUUAACUGCAAGUAUAAUCAUGCAUACUGUGUGAACUGCAAGAAGACCUACGCCGGCCUCUGCCCCAAGCACCCCAUGACACUGAUCCUCGAUAACCCUGUUGUCCGUGACGGGAGUGUUGAGAACCGUGCCCAGCUGACCGCCCCCUGGCCCCUGUACAUUGCCAAGUCCAAGAUCGAGGAGGCCGGGGAGGGGGUGUGGACCGGCGCCACCUUGCCCCGGGGCCUGGUGUUUGGGCCGUGUGAAGGCCGCGUCAUGAGGAAGACUGGGAGGAUGUCAGGCUACAGCUGGGAGGUCCGUGGGCGUCCAGACAUAGAAAUAGACGCUGAAGAAACCUCCUCCAGCAACUGGGUUCGCUACAUCAACUGCGCCAGGAACUACGUGGAGAGGAACCUGAUCGCCAUGCAGAUCCAAAACGAGAUAUUCUACGUCACCAACAUGGAUAUUGAGAGGGAUACCGAGCUCAUGGUGUGGUAUGGAGCAGCUUACGGCAACUGGCUGGGCAUAUCCAUGAAGGACUUCUUUAAACCACAGCUGAAGGCUGCAGAACUUAAGAGAUGGUGCGGUGAGUGUCAGGUGCUGUUCACUUCACCAGAGUUCCUGACCAGACACCAGGAGCGCUGUAGGCAGAACAAGAGGAGGAGGAAGAGCAAAAAGAGAACACUGGAGGGCUCUGAGUCACUCCCACAAAAGCGCUUCUUGACAGAAUGGGAAUCGCAAAACCAAGACAAAGAGAACUUCAAACAUAAGGACUCAGAGGAAAACCUGUCAGAAGCUGGGAAUGUUCUUAGCAAGGAUGUAGAGUUAGAAUGUAAACAGGGUAGGACUGAAACUGUUGAUUCCACUAGUUAUUCAGACAAGACCAGAGCUACACGCCUUUCCACAGAACAGUCCCCUAGUGUACAUAAGAAUCCAAGUCACAAGAAUGUUAACCCCCAAAGCAAGUUGCAUAAGUCACAGUGUAGCAAAACUCUCACCUCUACCCAUGUUCCAGAAUGCACUAAGAGCCUUGUGAGAGAUAGCUUGCUUGAGUCACCCCUUGAAAAUGAGCCUCGUCACAGUCUCUAUAAAGUACCAUCUGAUUGUGUUGGUAAUCCUGGAUGUCGUGAAGGUAAACGUCAACAAACAAGUGUGUCAGUGGAUUGUAGCUUGCCAGACAUAGCCACCAAUUCAAGCCAAGCCCCGAACACCUCAACGCCUAUCCUACAAAACCCACUGCGGCACUACAGGAAGAUCUCAUGCUUGGAGACUUCCGAAAUCAGGCAUCAGGUUAUGGUGGAUUCCGAUUCCAACUUUCUGAGCGAUUUCGUCAACCAUGAUCUGCCGUUUAUCGACUCUAUGGACCUGGACAACUGCACGCUUUCCACUACUUCAAAUACAACCACUGAUUUUGAUGACUCCCGUUUGAGUGAGAGAUAUUUGCAUGAUAGGGGAAGAGAUCAUUGCUCAGGCUACAGCAGCAUCAGUUCACUAAGUCUCAGUAGCAGCGGCGAUCUCACUCAAUCUUGUGGUGUUUCGUACUUGUCACGUGGAUUAGCACACUCUUAUGAUAUGGUCCAGGCUAGCACCAGCACUGAGAGGUCAAACAGUGCAGAGGAAACACAGACACCAGAGCACAUUCACAGUAAGAUGAAGGGAACACAAACACCAGAGCCCAUUCACAGUAAGAUUAAGGAAACACAGGCACCAGAGCACAUUCACAAUAAGAAAAAUGACAUGUCUAGUGUUGUCAGCCGUGUGGGUUUUCCUGGUCCUCACAAAACUUCCCGCUCAUCUCAGUCACGUCAUUGGGAAAGAAAGUGCUCAUGUCCUUAUGCCAGAAAGGUUGGCAAGCCCAGAUGUGAUGUUAGUCAAGUCAGUGGUAAAAAUUGUCAUCCUAUCACAGACGCAGUACCUCGGGGAACCUUGAAGAGGAAAGACUUUAGCAAUACGUCCGUGCAUCUACACUUGAAGAACAGAAAGGUCAUUGACUAUAGGUGGCAGUGGACCAGCCAUGCCACCGUACAGCAGCAUGGGAGGUAUCAUAGUGGUGGAAGGGGGUGUGCUCAGAGUGGAGGAUUGGUGGAUGUGGUUCAAACUCUAUCCCAUUCUCAAAAACCUGUCGUUCCACAUUUUAAGGAGUGUGAGCAGAAUGGGUUUGUGGAUAUACCCUCAAGGCUAGGAGACAACGAGACCACUGUGGGUAUUAGCAUCAAUCAAUUCUAUGGUCAGACUGAAAGUAACCAAGUGAGUGGAAGAUUGGUGGAUGAGGUUCAUAUUCCGUUUCAUCCUCAAAGGCCUGCCAUUCCACAUAUCAAGCAUUGUGAGCAGAGUGGAAUCGUGGAUGUACCCUCAGAGCUAGGGGAAAAUGAGACCACUGUGGGUAUUAGCAUCAAGCAAUUCUGUGGUCAUAUUGAAAGUAACCAAGUGAGUCAUGAAGCUCAGACUCAGAGUGGAGGAAUGGUGGAUGGGGUUAAGACUCUGCCCCAUCCUCAAAAUCCUACCAUUCCACAUAUCAAGGAGUGUGAGCAGCGUAGGGCCAUGGAUAUACCCCCAAGAGUAGGAGGAAAUGAGACCACUACGGGUAUCAGCAUCAAUCAAUUUUAUGGCCAGACUGAAACUAACCAAGCGAGUCAUGAAACUAUGGUACUAAUGAAUCACAGACGCCCAAGACAAGAGGAGGAGGAGAGCCACCAGCAGGUCAACCCACGGCCCCACCAAACAAAGGAUAUCAUUCAUGGGGGGACUUACAAGAUCCACGUUAAGGACCCCUCACUGAUCACUGGCUUGAGGCACUGUGGGAAGAGAAAGGAAGGCGGUUGUGCUAGACCACGGCCCCUACAGCCUCUGAAUAACAAGAACAAACACCUUCACACCCACUUGUGCUCCAGGAAUGGGAACGGGACGCUGUAUGAGUGCUUUAAGUGCAGGAGGAAAUUUGCCAGCAAGUACAACCUUUUGGAGCAUCAGCAGCUGUGUGUGUAGUGAGAGGGAGAGCUAGCGAGAGGAAGAAGAAGAGUGAGAGUGAGAGUAAAAGCUUGUAAGAGUAAGAGAGAGAGUAAGAGUGAUUGUAAGAGGCUGCCGUGACAUCUUGACCCAGUAGUAAUGCUCUGGCCUGGUCCACUUUCCUUCAUUUAAAUAUUUAUACGACUGGGAUAUUACCAAUGGCACCUAAUGAAAAAUGAGACAGAUUAGGAUAAACUGAGAAAAGAAUAAGAAGAAAAAGGGACUGAAUGGGUAUAUGGGAGAGGUGGAUUGAGACACUGAUAGCCGCUGAGAGGAUUGAAUGGAUUAAGUCAGAGGAAAGAAAUGCAGUGAAAAGAAUGGAUAUGUAGUUUUUUAUAACGUUCAAACUUAAAGAAAUAUGGUAGUAAUAUGAAUUUGCGUGUAUUUACUUUAGUUAACGAUAUUACUAAUGGGACUUGUGGGGCCUAAUGGAAAAAGGGGCAUAGGUGUGGUUUUUAUAAUGCUCAAACUUAAAGAAACAUGGUAGUAAUAUGAGCGCAUGUAUUUACUUUAGUUAACGAUAUUACUAAUGGGACUUGUGAGGCUUAAUGGAAAAAGGGGCAUAGGUGUGGUUUUUAUAAUGUUCAAACUUAGGUAUGUGGUAGUAAUUUAAGUUUUGGUGCUUACUUAAGUUAAUUUGUACUCAGGAUUUCUUGUUUGUUCCUCACUUAAUUAACUUGUACUCAUAAGAUCUUGUUCAUCCCGUAUCUAACUUGUAGGACUCAUGGUGUGUUCUUUGUCUCUCACCUCCUAACUUGUACUCAGGAUUUCUUGUUUGUUCCUCACUUAACUUGUACUCAUAAUGUCUUGUUCAUCCUGUAUCUAACUUGUACUCAGGAUUUCUUGUUUGUUCCUCACUUAACUUGUACUCAUAAUGUCUUGUUCAUCCUGUAUCUAACUUGUACUCAGGAUUUCUUCUUUGUUCGUCACUUAACUUGUACUCAUAAUAUCUUGUUCAUCCUGUAUCUAACUUGUUUUCAGAAUUUCUUGUCUCUCACCUCCUAACUUUUUUUUUUUUUUUUUUACAAUGAAGGAGACAGCACAAGGGCACAAAAAAAAGGAAACAAUAAUAAAAAAGCCCGCUACUCGCUGCUCCUAAAAAGAAGCCAAGGAGGUAGCCGAAAGAGGGGUCAAUAUCGGGAGAGAUCUUCUUUGUUUCUCACCUUUCUCACCUAACUUGUACUCUGAUAUCUUGUUUAUUUUUUGUUCCUCACCUAACUUGCCUUCAUGAUCUCCUAUCCCUCAUCCCUUACCUAACUUGUUCUUCAUAAUCUCUCAUCCAUCCACCACCUCCAUAGUCUAGUCAGAGGAUCCUAACUGUACACAUUUUAAUGCUAGACUUUAGUAAGGACGGAAAUAUGUGUAGAGGGCAAAAAUCAAGUUUGAGUAAUUGUAAGUAUGAGCGAGUUGCCCACCGGAACCAUUACCAAAUGUCUAGUGUCAAGGAGAGGCCCACAGUCUUACCGGACCCUCCACCUAAAGAAAUAUAGCUUCCUGCAAAGAAAUAUAGAGGUUUGGAACAGACUGAGUGAGGAUGUAGUAUCGGUGAGGAGUGUGCAAAGCUUUAAAGAAAAGUUGGAUAAAUCCUUGCCUCCCUUUUGCUCUCCCACACAGUCCCAACACCUAUUUUACCCUCUCAUAUGUUAGCUCUAGGUAACAUAUGAGAGGAAGGGAUUGGUGUUGGGACUGUGUGGCAGAGCAGAGGGGAGGAAAGGACCUGCGGAACUGAAUGCCCAAACGGACUUUUUAAAAUGGUUAGACUUUAGACAUCUGGUAACGGUCCCGGCAAGCAACUCGCUCAUACUUACAAUUACUUAAACCUGAUUUUUGCCUUCUACACAUAUUUCCGUCCUUACUAUAUUCUGGCAUCACAAAAUUGUCAAUAUAUAAUCCCAUCACUGCCUUACUCUGUGUGUGUGUGUGUGUGUGUGUGCGUGCACUCAAUAUGGUCGGAAACUUAUUUUUAUAUUAAGAAUGUUAAGCAGAAAUAGAUUUUAAACUCUUUGAUUAUGAUGCCUUGGUUUCUAGGCAGUACAAAGUGUUCCUAUAGAUGUAUUUAAGCAUGUAUAGCUAUUUUUCUUUGUGUGUUUUGUGAUACCUUUGAGCUGCUUCCUAUAAUAUAAAGCAAAAAAAUGUGUUCAUGAUGUUGGUGGCAAAUAUAUUUUUUCUUGUGUGUGUGUGUGUGUGUGUGUGUGUAUGUGACAGGACAUGCUAUUCUGUAUAUUCUUUUGCAUAUCUUGUAAGGACAGUCAAGCUUCCUAUAGUGUAAAGAGAAAAAUAUGUUUAUGGUUUUGGUGGCAAAUAUGUUUCUUCUCUUGUGUGUGUGUGUGUGUGUAUGUGUGUGUGUGUGUGUGAGCGUGCGACAG